CCGACCGAGCAGCUCUCCUCCUCUCCUCCUCUCCUCCUUUCCUAUUCUCCUCCUCCUCUCCAGCAUCUCUCAGGUCGGAGGAACCCGCCGCUCUGUGACGGAGGAAAACCAGCAGAACGAACCGGACCCGGACCUGGAGCCGAACCGUCCUCAGCCCGGUGAGUCAUGCCGCUGGUGAAACGCAUCAUUGAGCCCAGGUACCUGUGCCGCAGAGCUCUGCCUGAUGGGGUCGCCAGCGAGCUGGAGUGUGUCACCAACAGCACCCUGGCAGCCGUCAUCAAACAGCUGGGAGGACUGAGUCGCCAUGCGGAGGACAUCUUCGCUGAGUUGUUCUCCGAGGCCAACAGGUUCUAUCUGAGGAUGAAUCGUCUCCAGGAGAGAGUCGACCUGCUGGCGGUGAAGGUGACGCAGCUGGACUCCACCGUGGAGGAAGUGUCUCUGCAGGACAUCAACAUGCGUAAAGCCUUCAGGAGCAGCACCAUCCAGGACCAGCAGGUGGUGUCACGGAGCUCCAUCCUCAACCCAGUUCUGGAGAUGUACCAUUGCUGCGACAAGCCGCCACCCCUCAACAUCCUGACGCCCUACAGGGACGAUACGAAGGAUGGCCUUAAGUUCUACACGGACCCGUCAUACUUCUUCAGCCUGUGGAGGGAGAAGAUGCUUCAGGCCACUGAGAACAAACGCAAGGAGAAGCGACGGCAGAAGGAACAGAAAAACGUGGAGGAAUCUUCAGGACGGGAGGUAAAGAAGGUCCGUAAAGCUCGGAACCGGCGCCAGGAGUGGAAUCUGAUGGCGUACGAUAAGGAGCUCCGCCCAGAUGCUCGAGUGACGCCAUUGCCGUACCACACCUCUGACGACUCCAUGUCACCUGACAGGUCAGGGAAAUCAGAUGACCCCUCCCUUCCGGCGAGCUCCCCCCGCCAUGAUGGGAAGGGCCAUGUAGCCGUGGCGACCAGCGGAACCGGUCAGACGCAGUCACUGGACCGAGCUCUCAGACCCACCUCCGCCUGUUCUGCCGUUACCGCGGCAACUGCCAGGCAGCAUUCACUGGGACGCAACCAACCGCAUCAUCACCACCAUGCUCCUCCCACCGGCUCAGCCAAUCAGAACGGAGCACGGACCAACACGGCUAAGGAUGCCAAUGACCACCACAUCCCCCCCGCCCCCCCGUCGCCACCUCCUCUGAUGACAUCAUCAGGACAGAUGGCGUUAACCAACAGCUCCGCCCACAGCACUGCCAUGGCAACUCCGCUGCACGCUGCUGGUAACCAAGGUAACGACAGUCGGCUAGUUGAUGGAAAUGAAGCCUCCAGGUGUUCAUGCUGUUUCCUGUUUCCUGCAGGUGGCCCCGCCCUCUGUCACCCCUACAGCCCCUCCCCUCCGCCCCCUCCCCCUGCUAAUUACGUCCACUCCCCCUCCCGCCCUGGAGGACAGGCUCCGCCCUCUGCCGCCGUCCCUCCGGUGCCCCUGGCGACGGACAGCAGGAAGCCUGUCAGCGAACCAAACGUACCGAUGAACGACGCUCGCAGCGACCUGCUGGCCGCCAUACGCAGAGGGAUCCAGCUGAGGAAGGUUCAGGAGCAGCGCGAGCAGGAAGAAGCCAAAAAACGAGAACCUGCGGGGAAUGACGUGGCGACCAUCCUGUCGAGACGCAUCGCCGUGGAGUACAGCGAAUCAGAGGAGGAGUCUGAGCCCGAGGACCAGGAGUGGUCUGACUGAGGAGGAGAACGUCAAGAGCAUUCAGAACGUCCAGAGUGUUCGGAACGUCCAGAAUGUUCAGAACGUCCAGAACAUCCAGAACAUCAAGAACAUUCAGAAUGUCUAGAACAUCCAGAACAUUCAGAAUGUCCAGAACGUCCAGAACAUCCAGAACAAACAUCCAGAACAAAUAUCCAGAAGAAUGUCCAGAGAAGAACCCUCCUGUUGAUGGUUCCAGUCUAACUUCAGUUCUUUCAGUCACUGACAGAGAACAUUCCGGUUCUGGUCUGGUUCCAGCAGCUCCACUGGAGGAACCUUUAUCCAUAUUCAGAAGAACCUGGUGUUGAAAUCUGGACUUCAUUAAGACGUUCUAGAAUCCUUUUUUUUCAUGUGUUUUAUGUUUUUAUUUUUAUCUGGAACAUUUUUAUUCAGUUUAUUUUUAUUCAGAGUAAUGUUACAUUUUUAAAACAUUUUAUUGUGAAAGGUUUUAUUUCUGCCUGGUUCUGUUUUACUGAUGGAACAUUAUUUUAAUUUAUUUUAUAGAUAUUAAUAAAUUUUUAUUAUUAUUAUUAUUAUUAUUAUUAUUAUUAUUAUUAUUAUUAUUAUUAUUAUUAGAUCUUAAAUGUUUGUUUACCUUUAAAUGAUUCACAUUCUAUUUAUUUCAUCACUUUUAUUUUUAAAUCUGAUAUUUUUAUUUCGUUUUAUUUUUAUUUUCACACAUUGUUUAUUUCUAUGAUAACUUAUUAAAUUAUUCAGACUUUUCCUUGAUUAUUUAAUUCUUUAAUUUAUUUUGAGUUUUUUUUUUCUUUAAAUCAUCUCCGGGCCGUCUGAUUGGUCCACGGCCUCAUUCGCUGUUCGUUAGUUAACAUGGUGACCGGAGGCGGUCCUUAACGAGGGCGGGCCGCUGCUGACGUCACCGUGUAGACAGGGGGCGUGUCCCUGCCGUCCUGUACUCUGUGAUUGGUUAGUCGGUGUUUGCUGUGUUUCUGCAUGUCGUUGAUUAAAAAAAAAACUGUGAAAUAAGAAACUUUCUGUUUAUUUCAGAGGAUUAAAGCUGAAAGCUCUGAUUAACAUUUAAAAAUAAAAUAAAAAUAAAAACUUG